UAUUAGCCAUUAGGGUUUUUCUCUGUGAGUGCGUCGCUUCUUGAACCCAACAUUUGUGUAUAUAUAUUUACAUACAAAGAAGGUAAACCCUAACCAUGGAGUUUCCUUCUUCUUAGCUAUUCGCACUUGGCGGAAGCAGCAGCUGCAGAGGUUUGUGUGUUGUGCUCCAAGAUGGAGUUUUGCCCAACUUGCGGUAACAUGCUGCAAUAUGAAUUGCCCAACAUGGGUCGCCCUUCAAGAUUUUUUUGUCCUACUUGUCCAUAUGUUUACUACAUCAAGACCAAAAUUAAGAAAAAGAAAAAACAGCAGUCGGUCAAAAAAGAUAUAGAGCCUGUUAUCUCUCAUGAUGACAUGAAGAAUGCACCCACUGCCGAGGUGCCAUGCCCAAGAUGCGAUCAUGAUAAAGCUGCUUACACAGAAUUUCAAACUCGAUCAGCUGAUGAGCCGGCAACUAUAUUUUACUUGUGCUUGAAUGAAAAGUGUAGGCACCAAUGGCGUGAUUGACUUCAUACUCUUGCAAUAUGUUUUUGCAUCAGCUAAAGAUAGAGAAGCUUUUCAAGCAGUUUCUAAUGAGGAUUACAUGUGUUAUUAAUGUUAGUUUAAUGGUUAUGCGUAUACAUCUCAUGCCUAUUUCACUUUAACUUUUUGGGACUGUGGAAUGAUGGCUGUGUUGCGCAAAUCUCGAACAAUGAGGAAUCGUAAUUAGCAAAACCACCAAUUGUUUCAACAAAUUGUCCUUCUUUAUGCAGUUACAGCAAGUGGGUUCAUCAAGACACUCAAAGAAAUUACACUUAUCUGUUCUGAAGUUAGGGCAUCCAAAGAACUUCCUUCCUGGAUUCCUCAUUGUCUGAGAUUUGUGAAACACAGCUCGCCCUCAUUCCACAGUCGCAAAGUAUUUUAGUAGAUAAAUAGGAAAGUUUAAGUAAAAAUUGUAUAUUAGGAUGAAGAACAGAUCACAGAUUUAUGAAGCAUGAGUCUUAUAUUUAAUUUUUGCUAUGAAAUGUAACAUGUAUCCAAAAGUAUUUCAGUAUAUAAAAUUAUAUCCUGUCUC